AUGCGUUUCUCGCUGCUCGUAACUGUUUCGUGUGCUCUGGCGGUGGCAUCUGGCAUGCCCUCAGAGGACGCUGCCGGCGGCUAUAACCUGCAUAAGCGCCCGGCAAAGCUGCCGAAGCGUGCCGAAGCACAGCCGCCGCGCACGGGUCGCCCGGCACAGACCAGCUCCCUGUGGUCGUUGUAUGACAAGACGUUUGCGCACACGCACUAUGUCGACUUGUCGCACACCAUCCAGCCCGACAUGCCGGUGUGGCGCGGAUUUGGCGAUAUCAAGUUUGGAGAGGCCGUGCACCGGGACACUGGGAAGCCGUUCAGCUAUGACAAGGACCUGUUUGUGGCCAAUGCGUACAACCUGACCACCGACCAGAUGGGCACGCAGCUGGAUGCUCCGGCACACUUUAAUCCGUAUUUUGCGGCGUCAGAUGAAAUCCCGGUCACGUUUGCGCUGCGCAAGCUGGUGGUUAUUGACGUGUCGGAGAAAGUCAAGCUGAAUGCCACGUAUGCAAUGGUCGUCGACGACAUUCUGCUCUGGGAGAAGAAGCACGGGCGCAUACCCAAGGACUCGGUUGUGUUUGUGCGCUCCGACUGGUCCAAGACCUGGCCCAAUGUCAACACGGACGAGUUCCCGCAGGUGCACCUGUCGGCGGUCCAAUUCCUGCACCUGAACCGAAGCAUCCUGUUCCAUGGCCAUGAGCCGCUGGAUACGGACAUGACUCCCCAGUUUGACUCGGAGCGCUGGCUACUGACCCAUGGCUACGCCCAGGCCGAGGGCGUCACAAACCUGGAUAAGGUGCCGCCCACCGGGUGUCUGCUGAGCACGGGCUUCCCCAAGUUUGCUGGCGGCACAGGCAACUAUGUACGCUAUGUGGCGAUCUGCCCGUCCAACUGGGAGUACGGAUUGACGCCCGGCUCGUUCCCUGAAGCUCCUUUGCCGCAGUUCAUUGAGCCACUCAAGUGGAAUCCUGAGAAAGGAUACCGCUCGCGUGAUUGA